AUGUCCUCUGUACACCCUUCUUACGUGCCCACCGAGGCUGCCAUUCAAUCUGUCCGAGACCAGUUAAAAGGGAGGAUCUUCCGAAGCGUCAAUGGCUUCUUUGCCAAAUACUUUGAGGGGAAACCCUGGUCCGCAGCAGUCCAAAACAAGGUGCAAGAAGCAAAAUCAGCCAGGCCUGGUAGCAAGUUGGCUGCUGGUGUCCCUGAUAGUGACACACUAGGCGAAUGGCUUGCCGAAUUCCAGGCUUUGUUCUUUGCCAACUUGCACAUCCACAGCCAGCCGCUCCCCAACAUGGGCGGCACCGUCAUCUACCUCGAGACAUCCGAUCGCCAGUCUGUUGCAGGCAGUACUCGAGCAUUUGGUGAAAUUCAUCAUGGUGACGCGCCCGUCGUGGCCGAAGCCGACGACGACGACGUCUUUCUGCCCUUCUGCGAGCGAGCACGGCAGGUGUUCAAAGCCCAGUCAGCUCGAUGUUUUGUACACGGGUUCCUGGUCCGCGGUUCUACGCUGGAGCUCUGGGUGUUUGAUCGGGCAGGGGCCUACAGUAGCGAGAGGCUCGACCUGGCGCAGGACCCGGAUCUGCUGAUGCGGACCUUGGCCGGCUACAGCCUGAACAGCGAUGAGGAAGCUGGGUUUAACACUUUUGUCAGGAGUCCUGCACCUAGAUCCGACAGCUACGUCAUAUUCCAUCAGCGCAACAAGUUCCACCUUCGACCGGAGCCAAUUGCGACGGCGGAAUCCAUAGUUGGACUCGGGACAACCUGCUAUGCGGCCUUGGCAUCGACAACCGGCCAGCCAGACACUGCCAUCAAGUUUUCCUGGCGACAGGAAGAAGAUCCCACUGAGCUCCGCCUCCUGAAACUCGCGCAUGAGCGGAACGCCUGGGGGAUCAUCCGGCUGCUAGACUAUCAGGAACUGGUGACUGUCGCCGACCUCCGCCAGGGACUGGACUUUCCUCAACCAUUCGUCAACCGGAGAUUCUCGUGCGUUGCAAACACCCCUCUAGGCCGUCCGAUCCGCCAGUUCACGUCGAUUCCCGAGCUUCUGGAGGUCUUGCGCGACCUUGUCAGGGCGCUUCAGUCUCUCUACGUGAAUGCGAGGAUCCUCCACCGCGACAUCGCCAUCAAGAAUUUGAUCAUCACUCCACAGCACAGCGCAGACAGCUCAAAGGGUACGUUGCUUGAUUUCAACUAUGCGCUAGACCUCGAAAACGCCCGCCCAAUCGAGCCAAUGAUUGGAUCAGAUGGGUUCAUGGCCAUCGGGAUUCUCUCGGGACAGCGGCACACGUACCGGCACGACCUGGAGUCUCUGUUCUACGUAUUUCUCUGGAUCGCCAUUGCGAACGAUCGCGUGCACGACGAAGCGACCGACAUUGUCAAAGGCCUACCUGAAACUUCACGGCUCUGGAAGUGGUGCACGAUGGACUUUGGCGCCGUUGGACGGGACAAGGCCGCCGACAUGAGCCCCGAGGGCUUCGAGGGAAUCCUUGGCGAGUUUUCUCCUGACUUUACUCCUCUCCAGGGUCUGGCCAGGGAGCUGCACGCACUGGUUUUCCCUAUGCGUGAUGGGAAGAUCUUCACGGGGACUGAGACGGACCCGGUGGCUGUUCAGAGGCUCUAUGAUGGGAUGGCGGAUGCUUUCAGUCGGAGUGCCAGCGCAUUCCAGAGUUAG